AUAUACAAUUAGUACAAACUAUUAGUGCAUAUUAUUAGUACAUACUACUAAUUAAAUUUCUCCCUUAAGCGAUGCUCUAAUUCCGGUUUGAUAUUUCACCGCAAUACAAGACUAUGAAAUUGAUUUCCGCAGGUAUCGCCUGGCUGAUCAUUCCCCAAAAAUGGAACGUGAAUCUGCUGGGCAAAACAAUAGAGAUCAGUUCCUGGAGGGUGUUUUUGGCGAUUUGCUCGUUGCCAGAAUUUCUCGCCUGUUUAGCGAUGUUCGCGUUCCCGGAGAGUCCUCGUUUUUUGCUUUUGAAAGGACGAAGGGAAGAGGCUCUGGCGGUUUUCAAGAGAAUAUACGCGGUCAACACCGGCAAAGAUCCGGACACAUAUCCGAUCAAGGAUCUCGCAGAGGAGUUCGACUCCGUCGAAUCGUCCGCCGACAAUAUAAAAGCCAAGGUGCGCUCGUGCCUCCAGCAGAUUAAACCGCUUUUCGUUCCGCCGAAUAUCUACAAGCUUUUCGCAAUAGGUCUGAUUCAGCUUGGCGCCACGAUAGGGUUAGAGUCGAACAAUCUUUCUACUUGGACGGUAACGUCACUCUGACUCUUCAAAUACGAAUAAAGAAGUUCGAAGCUCUCGUUCUGAUAAAACGGUUUCCGAACAUUUCUGGAAACAACGAACAGAUCGAUCGAGAUGAUGAUUCUUAAGAUUUGUCUCUUAAUCUUAAGACUUCAGAUGUAUUUCAAAAGUCAAUGGUGGUGAACACAGUCGAAUGCGCCGGAUUAGCGCACGCGAUUAACCGAACAUCAAUUUGCAAUUCGUAGAUCGAACUCGAUCAGACUGUGGAUGCCGCAGCUGUUCUCCAUGAUGGAACAUUUCAAGAAUAAUUACGCGAAGCUUGAGUAUUCGAGCUCGCA